AUGGCCGCGUGUCGCCGCAUCACCAUGGGGAAGAAGAAGAACGACUUCGAGGCGUCCGGCAGCGGCACCAAGAAGACGGAGCGGGUCGGGGACGAGCUCGUGGCGGAGGAAGCAGGGACGCGGUGCCGGGGAAGCAGAGGCGACCACGUCGGGGUCGGAGACAGGUACGAGCGGGAGGAGGGCGCUCCUGGCGGCGGCGGCCGGAGCCUGACGAGGGGCGAGGCUGCGCGGAAGCUUGCAGGGAGGAGGCGGCGCGGCGCGCUGCAGUGCAGGUCGGGCGGCGGACUCGGGAGGCUCUCGAGCAGAAGGGAGCUCGGGCGAGCGGACGGCGUGCGUGGCUGCUCGUCGCGAGUCGAGCAGAGGAGCGAGGGCGUGGCGACGGGGUCGGGCUCGGGAGAGGCGAGAGAGGGUGGGACAGGUGGGGGACCUGAUCGCGUCGGGGACGAGCUCGUGGCGGAGGAAGCAGGGACGCGGUGCCGGGGAAGCAGAGGCGACCACGUCGGGGUCGGAGACAGGUACGAGCGGGAGGAGGGCGCUCCUGGCGGCGGCGGCCGGAGCCUGACGAGGGGCGAGGCUGCGCGGAAGCUUGCAGGGAGGAGGCGGCGCGGCGCGCUGCAGUGCAGGUCGGGCGGCGGACUCGGGAGGCUCUCGAGCGAGAAGGGAGCUCGGGCGAGCGGACGGCGUGCGUGGCUGCUCGUCGCGAGUCGAGCAGAGGAGCGAGGGCGUGGCGACGGGGUCGGGCUCGGGAGAGGCGAGAGAGGGUGGGACAGGUGGGGGACCUGA